AUGGCAGCCUUUCCCUUCGCCGCACUCACGCUCCUCGCCCCGCCGGUGCGCUGGUUGUCGGCGGCCCUCUGGAAAGUGGAUGAAGAAGAGAACCGUGAUGCAGUACGAGGUGGUGGAGGAAAGUCGUGACCUCCCGCCUGCGAGACCGUCCCAGGACUGCUGACCGUGAGACACCAGGCCAAGCUGGCUCUGGGGCUAAGAGAACGAGUGAGCCUCCGAUGCGACUCCUACACCCCCCCUCCACCCUCCCCACCUUAUUCUGUCCCAUCGUGUUAUUGUCCUUUUAGAGAUGUACAUCGAGAGCAUUUUUAUUUUCAGUUGAUCUUGGAGCUGUGCAGCAGGCGGCCGGAGGAAAAGGUCAUCGUGCCGCACCUGAAGAGGAUGCGCGCUCCUGCUGCUAUGUCAACCUCCUGCGCUUCUGCAAUGAAGAGGGACGUAAAGGUCCGGAAAACAGUGGAAAGUUUCAAUUUACUAGUUGACAUUUUGCUAAAAGAUCCAACGGAGAGACAACGCUUCUACGAGGAGGACUUUCCUUUGGAUUACGGGCCAAAGUUUGACCAGGAGCUGGAGAAGCUCCUGUGGGAGUUUUUGAUUCGACUGGAUCAGUUACUUCCGGUUCCCAGCCUUGCUCAGACGGUGUCGUGGCUCAGCGAAGCGCCCGCUGUCCUGGAGGAGUGUGCGCGGGCGGCGACCCAACCGCAGCUCCUCAGGGUCUUGCUUCAACAUCAAACCUGUCUGGGCCACCUGGAGGCUGCAGCAUCGCUCCCUCCGAACAUGGGAGACUCCAUCCUAGCUUCACUUUCUCUGCCCCCCUCUGGAAGGAUACCUUCAAAUCCAUCAACAGGAGCCAAAACGUCCCGAGCGGACCAGUCCAAUAGCACACAGAGAGCAGACAAAACGGCAUUCAUCACACCCGUUAUCGGACUCAUAUCCAACGAAGACGUGCCGGCUAUGGUGAGGAAAACGGAUGCAACAAAUGAGCACCCGCACCCCAAAAAGAACUUGAAAUACACUGGGGUCAAAGAGAGACAGACGAAAGAUGGUGAAGAACGAGUGGAGGCGGGAGAGCGACACCUCAAAACGGCCUCAGAAGGUGGAAUAAAGCGCAAGCAACCCGACCAAGGAGAAAGCGAAUCUGAGGAGGUGGAGGAGGUGGUCUGCAUAUCCAGUUCCGGGGAAGAGAGCGUGAGCAUGAGUUUAAGAAAUGUAGCGAGCACGACCGAGCCGAGUCGGAGCGGUGGGAGCCGAGGAGCCGUAGAAAGCGAGCGGCGUGCCCUGGAGGGCUGUUUGACCCGACUGGGCGUCCGAAGGCUGCACCUCCCCGACGAUCCGUUCCUCUGCUCCGUCUUUGUCACCUGCCUGAAGAGCCAACCCAGAGUUGAGGUGGAUAAAAUGACUCUCGCCGGAGACUCCUCCUACGCGAAAACGCCGACUCCGAGGAGGCGUUCACCAGCCAAAGCCGCGGUGCAGAGCCACAGCCGGCCGCUGGACCCACAGCUGGAGGAUAAAGAAAAUCUUCCUGUAUUACCAAGUAUGAGCAGCUCUCCCUCUCUGCAGCGCCGUCACACAGCGACGUCGGGCCUCGUAGUCUGCUCCGACGACUACGUGGCCGACUCCGAGGACGAGGCGACUAAGAACUUCAAAAGCAGGCUGUUCGUGAAGCGCUACCACAAGACCAAACACGGCACGUAUGUUCCCACGCUGCGGGAGUUCUGGAAGCCCGGGACGACGCAGCGGGACCUGAAGUCUACUGGAGGCAGAUGAGGCAAAUGGAUUUCACCCGCCGAAAUCUUUUCUGUCGUCGUGGACUUUUCUCUGCUCAUAGGUGCCCGUCGUGCAGAUGUGUGUCCUUUUCCAGAUUGUCAGUGUGUUGUUUUAUGUAAAUAAAGACCGGAAUAUUUAAAACCAA